AUGUAUAUAAAGAAGCGGCACGGAAGAGAAUAUAACAAUUACAGAUUCAAUAUAGGCAUAAUACAAAAGAAGAAUAAAAAACUAACAAAAAGUGAUUUAGAUAUUAUGGAGCAGUAUAGCAAAUAUCUAGAUGAAUUGAUCAUUGCUAUUAAAGAAUCGCGAUUGACGUCUUUUGAUUCUAAAAAUGUUUCUGAAAAUAAUUUAAUGAAUAAUGUGUCUAUUCAAAAAUCAUUGGAUAAGGAUCCAAAAAGUUUGAAAGUCCUAUUAACAUUACUAAGUAAUUUGAAAGACGAGAAUAAAAAGAAAUAUAUUGUAAAUGAUAAUAUUUUUGGAAAAAUUGUACAAGCAUUAGAUCUUCUGAUAAGUUCACGACCUUUUCUUUUGGUAUCUGAGGUUCCUAUAACAUAUAGUACAAAUGAGACAAUACUGGGAAUAAAGAGGAUAAUAAAGGAUGUAUUAUUCGUUGGAAUGUCUUAUUACGAUGUACCUCACAGAUUAUGGUUUCUUAGGAAACAUUUAGGGAAAUGGUGUAACCUACUGAUAAAUUUAUACAAUAUGCAAUAUAAGUAUGAAAUAACGGAAUAUUUCCUAUCAUUAAUUACUACUACAGAACAAGAGCUUUCCCAAGUAUUGACUGGAAUUUAUCCAGUUGAAAAAUUUAUUUCAAAUCUUAAGAAAUUAUAUAUACUGUGUUAUUAUCUCUCUGGUCCACACGAUGUGUUUGGCUCUAGCUUAACUCUUCUGGAUUCUUUAAUGGGAUUGACUAAGUGGGAUCUUAUGUUUGAAAAGAUAAUCAGAUUUUUGUUAUUUGUAUUUGGAUCUAUAAGUGUUCCAACUCCAGAUUAUGCAUUGUUACAGGUAAAAUUUAUGUCUGUAUUAGUAGAUUUAUUAGUGUCUGAGUUAAGAAAUCAAAGUUCAAUUUCAUUAAACAAACUAAAGUUUACUUUGGAAGCAAUUUCAAUCUUCUUGAAGAAUGGUUUUGGUCUUCUGAGUAACAAUGAUAUUUUGGCAAAAACUUUAUUAAGGAUAUAUUCUUUAUGUAUUGAUGCAGAAAAAGUUAAGGAAGAUGCUGAUACUCUGGAGUAUCUGAAUCUAUGUAUUACUAUUUUAGGUUUUGAAAAAUGGGUUGAUUUAGAUAAGUUCUUAUUACCAGAAAACAGCAAAGAUUUGCCAUAUAACGUGUUCACAAUACAAGCAAUACUUCUUAUCCAAUUUGAUUGUAACCGUAAAAUAAUGAAAAAUGCAGCAGAUUUGGUUUUUAAUAAAAAAUAUCGUGUAUGGACAUUAAAAGAAGAAAAUGAACAGUUACUUGACAUAAUUUGUAAGCCACUUCCUGAAGAGUUGAAACAACUUGAAAAACUUCGAAGCUCGAUAUUAUAUAAAUUUCGGACUAAUGAUCAAGUUUGUUUGUUGAAAUAUGAAAUUGAUAAUUUAGACCCUAGUUUGUUUUUUAAGAUGAGUAAAGAUAUGAGUAAUCUCUAUGAGGAACUAGAGAAGAGUAUUCAAAAUUGUAUCAAUGCUAAGAUAACAAGUAAACUAGUCUCAUGGACUCGAAUACUGGGUAGGUUGGGUUGUUUUGAGGCACAUUUUUCAAAUAAUUCAAAAUUAUUAAAUUAUGAAAGUUGUGUUAUAUGUGAUAAUAAUAACACUCACAUCUUUACUAUGAAUGUAAAUCCAGAAAGACCAGAUAAUACUAAAAGUAAAGCAUUUGAAUUGUUGAAUCGGCUAUUUAUAUGUAAUCCUAUAGUUGAGGAAUUUUCUGAAGGUUUAUUAUGUGGAAUACUUUUUGCAUUGAAAAGAAUAUUGACACAUUUUCAACCUCAAAAAUUAUAUAUUGAUGAGGUUGAAAAUCCUUCGAGAUAUUUUGAUCUUAUAACAAAAUGUUUUGCUAGUAACAGCAGGUACCUUCGUUUGGUAAGUGUCAAAAUAAUACCCUUAUUAAACAUCACUUAUCUCUAUAAUAAAAACGAUGAAAAUACUAGAACUUUAGUGAGACUCUUACAAUCUGUCAAUGAUCCUAUAACAACAGAAACGGUAAUAUUAGGAUGGAUAGAGUUCAUUCAAACAACAAAUGGAGAACUUUUUGAUACAUUACUCUUGAAGUUAAUGGAUAUUUUUAACUCAGAUAACUAUACUGUUCAUACUAUGAUGACCUUUCAAAUACAAAAUUUGGCGAGAACAUUAGGAAAGACACCAUAUCAGUUAUUAUCACCCAUUCUCCCUAUAUUACUUCAACAAUUUGGAAAGAAUUUGGUUCAAAAAAAGGCUUCUUUUCAAAGAUUAUGUGAUCUUCUAGGUUAUUCAGGUAAAACAAUUUUAGAGAUGUUUCAACGUUAUAUUGUUCCUUACGCAGUGAUGAACCAUAAAAAUGACACAUUUGGAGAAAUAGCUCGAAUUAUUUGUGAUGGUGAGGUAGAGUUUCUAAAACAGCAACAGGAAGAAAUGUUAGAAUUUAACAGCCGUCAAAUUUUUGCAGUAGCUUUAGUUAAACAUGGUAUCUUUUCUCUAGACACAUUAGAAAAGUUAUUUAUUAAUCGAGCACCUCAAUUUGACAAAAGUUAUGUCGUUAGAUUUCUUUUUGAUUUUAAAACACUGGCUGAAAUUACAAAGUUAAAUAAAUAUAGUGAUAACCCAGAUGCAGGUGACCAAAAAAAUGAAAAGCGUAUAAUACAAGCAUUGCGAUAUCUGAUUACUAAUUUUGAAAAGGAUAAGAGGCGUGGUGGACUAUAUUUGAAUGACUCAAACUGGAAUGUGGAACAAGAAAAUCGUUUUCAAAAGAAGUUCCAAGAGGUUAUUUUGGGUAUUUUUCAGGUUUAUUCAAGUGAUAUCCAUAAUAUUGAAGGAAAAACUACUUAUUAUGAAAAGCUUCGAGUCGUUAACGGUAUUAUGUUGUUAAUUAAGAUCGUGUCGAAAAAAGCCAUUAUUUCUGCGCUUGCACAAAUUAGUAUUUGUCUCCAAACUAGUUUAGAAAUUAAAGAGGUAAGAUUUAGUGCUUUUAAAGCUUGGAAACAGCUAAUUAUUCGUUUGACUGAUGAAGAGUUGUCAACUAUAAUUGAUGUUUUUAUAGCAUUUAUUUUACAAAAAUGGUCGACAUUUGAACGUAUUUUAAAAAAUUUGAUUUAUGAAAUAUUAGAUAUUAUCAUUGAAAGUAAGGUUAGUCUUAUAACUUCUAUUAAACCUUACGUGACGUUUGCUCUGACUCAAAAAGUAGGACUAUCAUUAGCCGAGCAUAAUCCAAAAUUUGCCCGAAUUGUUAAGAAGACUCGAGAACUUACAGAUUUCAUAACUGUUUUUUCAAGCAACCUAAAAAGUAAUAAUAGAUAUGUCAUUCUGCAAAACUUAGAAGAUAUUGAAAUAUUUUUAAAAAAUCAUCAAGAAGAAUAUAUUGAUGAUAUUUUUCAAAACGAUAGUCAUAGACAGGAUAUCAGUGUUUUAUUAGGAGCACUUUUAGAGACUUCGCAUCGAUUUAGAUCAUCUGAUCAAUUAAUCUGUGAGAAAUGUGCAAAAUGCAUUAGUAUGAUUGGUGUGCUGGAUGUUACAAAACAUUCUUUAAAAGACUAUUCUAAUCAUAAUAAUGUGUAUUUCUUUAAUGAUAAAAUACAAGUAAUAAAAUUUCUUAUUUGGAUUAUAAAUGACGUAAUUGUUCCAGCUUUUUGGCAAAGUGAGAAUCCUCGAAAACAACUAUUUUUUGCAUUGGUAAUGCAAGAAUCACUUAGAUACUGUGAGCUUAGCAGUGACUCGUGGCAAAUUAGUGAAGCAGACAAAUAUCCUAGACAGAAGAAAUUAUGGGAGCAAUUCAACACAAUCUCACAAACCACUUUAUAUCCUUUGAUGUCUUCAUUAUAUCUUGCUCAGUCUUGGAAGGAAUAUACACCACUUGAAUAUCCCAUAUUUAAUGAAAAAGAAAGUUAUAAAACAUGGAUUAGAGCUUUAGCUUUGGAUCUGUUAAAAAUUGGUACUGAAGAAAACAAUCCAUUACAUGUGUUUUCAUCACUCAUUAGAGAGGAUGAUGGACAUCUUUCAAAUUUAUUACUUCCAUAUAUUGUUGUUGAUAUUAUUCUCAAAGCUGAACCAAAGACAAAAUUUGUUAAAUUAAUUGAUAAUAUUGUGGUGGAGUUUCGCUUUAUAUUCGAAUAUCCUAUGGAUAAUUUAAAUUCCUUACAACGUGAUACUCUUAAGAUGGCGUAUGAGUCAAUUUUUGGCGUUUUUGAGUAUUGUAAAAAAUGGACAACCCAAUAUAGAAAAGAAUAUUAUGACAGGUAUGCUACAACUGAGGUAGCAGAGGUUACAUAUGCAAGGAUGUUACAAAGAUUGGAUACAUUUUUGACAACAAUACCACCAGAUUUAUUAGCUAAAAGAUCUUUAGUCACCGCUUCCUAUGAACGUUCUAUUUUAUAUUUGGAGGAUUGCUAUCGUUUAUCAAAAUCUGAAAAAAACACCAAUAUAAGAUUAAUUAAAGAUUUGCAAGAUAUGUAUGAAAAAAUUGAAGAUGUUGACUCAAUUGAUGGUAUGCUUAAAACCUUUACCUCUAGCAAUUUUGAAUCCAAGAUUAAAGAAUUGCAAUAUUCUUCCAAUUGGAAGAUGGCACAGGAUUGUUUUGAGACUUUGGGUAAUUACCAAAUAGAUUCUCUUGCCACUACGAAAAUGUUGCGUUCAAUGAGUGAACACCAACUGAGUAUGCAGGUUAUUAAUAGAACAAGUCUGAUACUGCCAGAAGAAUUAUCUGUAUUGGAAGGUGAGAAGUCAGAAUGGUAUUGUAUGGGACUUGAAGCUGCUAAUUUAUUAGGUAAUAUUGAUAUCUUGGGGAAAUGGAUUAAUAGGGUGGAAAUGCUUCAAAAAACUCCAGAUCAUAAUGUGCUUUUACAAUAUAAUAUAGCAAAAGCUUUGUAUUGUAUUCAUAGCAGAGAUGUUGAAAAGUUACAAUUCUAUGUUAAUAAUUGUUUUAAACUUGCUGGAACAUAUUUUACAACGCUCGCUAAUUCCGCUGCUCUUGUUAAACAACAAAAUAUUUUGAUGAAAUUACAUGGUUUGUACGAUAUAUUGCUUCUUUCUUCAGAAGUUGAUACAUAUCAAUUUAGUUCUAAAUGUAAUGUAAUCGAUUUUAGGUUAAAGCGUGUUGGUGCUGAUUUCAAAUCAAACUAUUAUUUAAUGGCUCUAAGGAAAUCUUAUGAUUUAUUAAGGCAUACAGAGUAUACAGAAAAGGAUCUUGGUGAUACAUAUUUUAAAAUAGCUCAGAUGGCUCGUGCAAAUUCAAGAUUAGAUAUUGCUACUGAUUCAUUAAUGAACUGCUUAUCAUUUGGCCAUCUUCAAGCAGAGCUUGAAUUUGCAGAAAUUUUAUGGAAAAAGGGUGAGAACGAUGGUGCAUUGAAAUUAGUGAGGGAAAUUCACCAGCGAUAUAAAAAUAAUUCUAAUAUAAAUGCAAGAAAUGCAGCCACUGUGUUAUUGAAAUAUACUGAAUGGCUGGAUUUAUCUAAUAAUUCAUCUUCAUCAAAAAUUAUUGAACAAUAUAAAGAAAUUUUCAAAUUGGAUCCAGAAUGGGAUAAGCCUUAUUAUUCUAUGGGCUUGUAUUAUAGUCGUUUGUUAGAAAGAAAAAAAGAAGAGGGUUACAUAACAACAGGUUAUUUUGAAUAUCAGGCUAUAUCCUUUUUCUUGAUGGCUUUUGAACGUAAUAUUUGCAAAGUUAGGGAAAAUUUACCAAAAGUGGUUACGUUUUGGCUAGAUAUUACAUCCCUUGCAAUUAGCAAUAAUACCAAAAUUAAUACUACUGCUUCUGUACAAAAUUCUACUGCACUAGAAAUCUGCAAUGCCGUUAAUAAUUCUUUUCAAACGUGUCCUAAUUAUAUGUGGUAUUCUGUAUUAACUCAAUUGUUAUCUCGUUUAUUGCACCCAUUUCCACAAUCUGCUAAAUUGAUUAGAGAAAUCCUAUUGAAAUUAGCCAUUGAUUUUCCAGAACAUAUAUUUUGGUAUGUUGCUGCAUUAAUGAACUCGUCGAAUACAAGAAGAAGACGUAUUGGUGAUGAUAUUGCAAAAAAACUUUUAUCCAAGACAAAUCAUGCAAAGUUAAUGACAUCUGCGAACUUAUUGACUACUGAAUUUACAAAAGUUUGUGUAACCGAUAUUAAGGAUAUAAAGAAUACUUCAAAAAGUCUUCAAGGUGAUUUUGAAUUUAAGUUAGAUAUUGCACCAACAUUAUUAGCCGUUCCUGUUCGGAUUAAUUUAGAGAUGUUGUCACCUACUUUGUCGACUGAAAUGAAAAAUACUUAUAAAACAUUUAGAUCUCUUGUUAGUAUUGAAAGCUUCUCUGAUAAGUAUAAGGUGUUUUCAUCUUUAAAAAAGCCUAAACAAAUAAAUAUCAUUGGAUCAGAUGGGCAGAUAUAUGGUAUUAUGUGUAAGAUGGAAGAUGUUCGCCAAGAUAAUCAAUACAUGCAAUUUGCUACUACGAUGGAUUUCUUGUUAAGCAAAGAUGUGGAAUCUGCAAAAAGAAAAUUGCAUAUUUUAACAUAUUCUGUCCUUUCUUUAAGAGAAGACUGUGGUUUAUUAGAGAUUGUUCCUAAUGUUGUCACAUUAAGAUCGAUUUUAGUUAAUAAAUACGAUAGAUCAAAAUUCAACUACAGUCUUGGGAAAAUGUACGCAGAAUGGAAAGAUUUGCAGGAUGUAGAAAGAAGACAAUUCUUCCAAAAACAAGUUUCAAAGUUUGUUCCCCAAUUAUAUAAAUGGUUUCUAGAAACCUUCCCUGAUCCGAUAAAAUGGUUUAAUGCAAGAAAUAGGUACACAAGAUCGUAUGCAGUAAUGGCUAUGGUAGGUCAUAUAUUGGGAUUGGGCGAUCGUCAUUGUGAAAACAUAUUAUUAGAUGUAGAAUUAGGAAAUAUUCUUCAUGUUGAUUUUGAUUGUUUAUUUGAGAAAGGUAAACAAUUACCAGUACCUGAAGUUGUUCCAUUUAGAUUGACUCAGAAUAUCACAGAUGCUUUUGGUAUUAUUGGUACAGAAGGUACGUUCAAAAAAUCCAGUGAAGUGACUUUAUCCUUGAUGAGAAGAAAUGAGGUGUCUUUAGUAAAUGUUAUUGAAACAAUUAUGUAUGAUAGAAGCUCAGACACUUCACUGCAUCACUCAUUAAAAAUUCUAAGAAAUAAAGUACGUGGUAUAGAUCCUCGUGAUGGAUUGGUCCUUAGUGUUCCAGGCCAGGUUGAAACAUUGAUUCAAGAGGCUACUUCUUUUGAUAAUUUGGCAGCAAUGUAUAUUGGUUGGUUAGCGUUUUGGUAG